AUGCUACGCCAUUCCAACCAUAUCUUCCGCAGCGCUUUGGUCGACCUCACGUCUUCGCCUUGCUCUUCUCCUCGUUCUGCCGCUCGUAGAAGCCCUGCCACCGUGUCGACCGUUGAGCUAGCGGAUCCUUUGCUGGACCUUGCUGGUGUGCGGGCCUCGCUGAGUGCACUGCAGCAGGCUAUCGAUCAGAUCGAGGCACUGCGUGAUCUUCGCUCAGAUCUGCGCCGCGAAUUUCUGGCUACGCGAUGCCGCGCGGAGGACUUGGAUCGUCAGUUCGCGGACGCGGCUAAUGCUGCUUCGCCAUACGUACUCUUCUGUCAGCACAAGUACGAGGUCGUCAAUCACCAGCUGAAUUCUACUCGUGAGAAGCUCGCCGAGUGCCUGAAUGCACUACAAGAGCGGAUGGACAACUCUCGCGAGUUUGAGGGUUGGCGUCUUCGAUAUCACGAUCUGCAGCUCCGCUACAACGAAGCC